AUGAGCAUACAGAAGAGAAGGAAUAGAAUCGGAACAAAGAAUGAGAAUCUAUAUGAUUGGCCACAUCAAGAAUAUGAGAAUAUAGAGAGUAACUAUGCUACACAAGAAUAUAUACAAGAUAAAAUAAAUGCAAUCAUUGAACCACCGGAAUCACACGAUAUCUAUGUUUGGCAGUACGAGCAGAUCAGACAGUUCACAUUGGAGUUGAAUCAUUUCGCGACACACUUGAAGGAGGUAUGCAAUGCAAAGACGUGCGAUAAGAUGAAAGCCACCGAAGAUUGUGACAAGAAUUUCCCAAAAAGGUAA